AACAAGUUGUCCUGCUGUGGUAAACAGACGUCAGAAGGGAGGCUUCGCGUCGAGUCAUAACAAAACAAAACAAAAAAAGAUAUCCGUGUAGUGAGUAUUUGGAUAUACAGAUUAUGGUUGAAACAACGCCGAGGGCCUAGGAGGAAACGAUCUGAAGAGGACACAAAUGGAUCUCUUCGACUUUCUUUAAUAUUUUUAACUCCAUAAUAAUUGGAGUUUACGUUAGCGAGUUAGCUAGCCAGCUAUUUGUCAUGUUAAAAGAGCCGUGGUUGAGUUUUGCCCGAGUGACCGCAAAGUGAGUAACUGCACUCGAGGAGUAGAAGUGGACGCUUAUUGUCACAAGGGUGCGUGCCUGACCCCUUUUACUCAAAAUACGACAGAAGAGAAGAAGCGCAAGGACAGAAUCUGAAACGAAUUGCCAGCUCGUCCUGUGGCCGCGCGAGUGUCGUAUGGUCUGCCUCCCGAGAAACAUGGCAGUUGGUGGCACGCGCUUUCUAGCAGCGUGGAAGAGCGUGCAGCCCUGAAACUGGAGAAGUCGGAUUUCCCUUUCCAUUAUUUCCAUCACACCUGUUACUUGUCCAACAUGACCAGACUUUCUAGUAAGAUUGUGACAAUACUGCCGUUCGGUUGUUGACAGAAUAUACAGCUGCAGUUCAUUGUUAUGCUAAAUUCACCGAUGUUUUUCUAGCUAGCUUGCUAGCGUUCGCUAUGCGUUUUUCUGUCUUCUACGCUUCAAGUAGAUACGGGGUUCAAAAUAUUCAUGAAUGAAGAAGUUCUGAAAAAAAGAAUAACUGGCAACAUCAGUUGCAGCGCAAUCUUCCACUGAAAUCUUGCUCGUUAGCUAGCUUGCUAGGUAAUUUUGUUGGCUGCAGUUUGUUUUAGGUUAACGGUAGCUGGCUGCUUUAACGUUAGUCAAAUGAACGGGUUGCUUAAUGUCAGAGUGAAAGGGGUUCUCAAAAUUUAAAUUAAUAUUAUUAAUAGAAAUUUGUUCUGAAGUUUAUUAUUAUUAUUAUUAUUUUGCCAGACUUGGUCUUUCGCUUAAGCUACAAAAUAAUAAAAAAUAAAAUAAAUGUUAGCGUCGCGGUCGGGCGGUCUUCUGUGGAAUAGGGAGGGGGAGAUUGUUUACAACUCGUAGACUGAAGCCAGUCAGUCACAUCGCUCCUUUGUAAUACUGACCUACUACGGUAAUCCUCUUUUUUUAUUAUUCACAUCCCUCCAUUGUAUCGCCGGGAUUUGUCGACUAUAUAUUUUUUUAUUAUUAUUAUUGUUAUUAUUAUUAAACGACCAAAUAUAAAACGUGGGAAGGGGGGAGUGAAAUUUGAUCUGUUUAGGAGAGAAAAUAUCAGGUUUUUUGAUUAUUCCUUUUAUGUUUUUGUAUUCAUCUCGCCACUUUACUCAAACGCGGUUCUUUUUGUUUGUAGUAAAAAAAAACUAAGACGGAUUCGUAAAUUGUGCUUUAUUAAAACUUGAAACAGUACAGUAUUUGACAUUGGCAUCUGCAUGGACGAUUUGCCAUCUUGCUUCUAUUCAUUUAUAGUCAGAUUCUUUCUUGUACUUAAUCCUGUUCGUUUUAUGUGCAUUCCUCUUCGAAUUUCCUUUGUUCUUUUUAUGUAAACAAAACAAACCCGUUCCAGCCUCUUUGCCCAGUUUAAAUCUGGAGGUUUUAGCUAGCUACUAUUAAGGAGAUUAUAUGGUCCUUUUAAUCUCCAAUCGGAGGAUUAACUGACGCUAUAUUGGUGUAGUCAGAUUAUUGCGAUUCUUCUCAACAAUUCGCCUGUUAUUGUUAUUGUGAGAGUCUAGACGGAGAAUGAACUUGACUUCUUGUGACAAGGAGCUCGAACAAUUUGCAAGUCUCUGUCUCCAGAGGUACAGUGUACUGUAGACCCGGGCAGCCACAUUUUCCUCUAUAGCACGCACGUGUCCAACAAUACUCUAACGAUUUAUACAAAUAUAUAUUUUUUUAAAUGACCGAGUUUUUAUUUAAUUUAAUUUUUUUUGGUGUAUGUUCAUUUUCAAAUUUACCGUUAUAGUAUAGUUUUUUUGUUUUUUUAAACAAAUUUUAAAUAAUAGCGGACAAGUGCUGAUAAUAAAAGUAAACAUACUGUUUAUUAACUAACUUUUCUGAAAAAGAAAAUCUUCAACAAACAAACAAAAAAAAAUGGAAGAAGAAAAGGUACCCCCGAUCGACCCAGACUUUGAGCCUCAAAGCCGCCCGAGGUCGUGCACAUGGCCGCUGCAUAGGCCCGACAUCUCAGCUGUCAAACAGGAGGGGGCGGAUGGUGCGGAGUCCACCGCGGGAACACCGCCCGCAGAAGAGGACAAGCAGGAGCCUCCGCAAAUCACAUCCGAGCCCGAGAAAGCGGUCACUUCAGAGGGAGGCGCUGUGACCGGAGUGGGCGGAGCGACACCUCGAAAGGGUUCUUCGCGACGCAACGCUUGGGGGAGCCAGUCCUAUGCAGACCUCAUCAGUCAGGCCAUCGAGAAUUCACCUGAGAAGCGGCUAACUCUGGCGCAGAUAUAUGACUGGAUGGUGAAAACCGUGCCCUACUUCAAGGAUAAAGGAGACAGCAAUAGUUCUGCUGGAUGGAAGAACUCAAUCCGCCACAACCUGUCGCUGCACAACAAGUUCCUGCGCGUUCACAACGAGUCCACGGGCAAGAGCUCGUGGUGGAUGCUGAACCCGGAGGGGGGCAAGACGGGCAAGGCCCCGCGCCGCCGCGCCGCCUCCAUGGACAACAGCAGCAAGCUGCUCAAGAGCCGCAUGCGCGCCAAGCAGACCAAGAAGCAGGCGGGCGGGGCGGGGCCCGGCGGGGCGGGGCCUGGGGAAGGCGGGGGAGGGGCCGGAGGCGCGGACAGCCCCGGCUCCUCCCAGCAGUUCUCCAAGUGGGGGGUGAACAGCAGCAGCCCGUCGUCGCGCGGCAGCCUGGACGACCCGGACAUGUGGACCAGCUUCCGGCCCCGCACCAGCUCCAACGCCAGCACGCUGAGCGGCCGGCUGUCCCCCAUCGCGCCGGGGCACGAGGACGAGGACGAGCUGCCCGAGGAGGGGCUGCUGGGGGGCUACUCGGCCAGCACCAGUGUGCCGCCCACCCUCACCGAAACGCUGAUGGAGGACCUGGACCUCAUCGACGGGCUCACCCUGAUGACCAGCCAGCAGGGCGGGGCCAGCCCCAGCCCUGCCCCCCCGGCCCCUCCCACCCCCCUGCCCUCCGCCUCCACCCUCCUACCCCGGGGCACUGGCUUCCCCUCGUACCGCCCCCUGCUGCCCUCUAAGCCCCCCCAGCCCCCCGCCCAGCCUGGGGUUCAGUCCUCCGUCUCUCAGGGUGCCGGCUCCAACGCUCCCUCCACAUCCAGCUUUGGCAACUCCCUCUUUAACCCCCUGCCCGGUCCCGGCUCCCGCGGCUCCCACUUUGGGGUGCGCGUGCCCUCCAGCCUGGAGGCUCUGCUCACCUCCGAUUCGCCGCCUCCCAGCGACGUCAUGAUGACCCAGGUGGACCCGCUGAUGCCCAGCCAGGGUAGGGCGGGGCUGCUCGGACUGGGCGGGGCCAUGGCGGAGGGUCGGGGUAAGACCGGACAGCUGCUGCUAGGCAAGGGCAUGGAGCAGAACAUGAGCCUGCAGCAACACCAGCAGCAACAUCAACAGCAACAGCAACACCAGCACCAGCAGCAGCACCAGCAGCAGCAGCAGCACCAGCACCAGCACCAGCAGCAGCCCCAGCACCAGCAGCCCCAGCUCGGGCUGGGCAUGCUGCUGCCAGGCAUGACCCCGGACCCCUCCCAGAUGACCGCGCUCAAGGCGCAGCUCGCCCAGGGCUCGGGCUGUCCGGCGGGCGGCGGGAUGCUGCUAGGCGGCGGCGGCGGCAUGGCGUUGGCGGGCGGUAACGGCGGUCUCCAGGCCGUGGGCCCGUUCGCCAGCCCCAGCUGCUUCCUCCCCAGCCAGGACCGGCUGCCCACCGACCUGGACAUCGACAUGUUCACCGAGAACUUGGACUGCGACGUGGACUACAUCAUCAACAGCGACCUCAUGGACGGGGACGCCAUCGACUUCAACUUUGACCCCAUUCCGCAGGGCGGUCAGGGUUACGCAGGCCCCGCAACCACCCAGAGCUCCUCCCACAACUGGGUCCCCAGCUAACUCUCCAGCGCCUCCUGCAGCCUUGGCCAGGACAGAUCCGUCAUCAACCUCACACCCCCACCCCCGCCCCCAAAAAACAGAGGACAAACCCCCUGUGGGGAUAUGGGGGUCCCCACUUCUCCUGCACCAUACCUCCAAACACAUCAACUCCACGGUGUACUCAUUUCUGGUGACUGCUCACUUGGUCUAUGCCAACUAUGUUUUGCAAGCUUCUUUUUAAUGUAGUUUUUGGUUUAAGUUCUGUCGUUUUUUUUUUUUUUUUUUUUACAAUUCCAUUUGUAACACGAAAACCAAACCUCAUCCAUGUCACGUGCCAAUGGUAAUUUUUCCUCCUGAGAGAGAGAGAAAGAAAGAGAAGACGGAACCUGGAGAUUCAUGCUGGAAUACUUUGUGCAAAACUUUUGGACCUGGCUAACUUUCUUAAUGUUUGAUAUUGUUUUUGCAACGGCCGUUACGGUUAUGUCAGUAGGGGGGUCACUGAUAACAGCAUGACAAAGGAAGGGAAAGACUGUCUAAGUGGAGCACAACGGUAAUGCUUACACGCAUAUUACUGUCACUACUAUUAUUACUACGGUCCUAGAGACCGGAUGAUAUUCCUCUUCCCCUUUAUCUCUUUCGUCUGAAGGAGAGAAUGAUGAUGCACGCAGAAAAUAAAUGUCAUUCGGCUUUUUUCGGGGGGGGGGGGGGAGAAAAUGGCGGCUCGCGAGAAAGCGAUUUGUGGAUCCCAGCGACCUCGUUGGGCGUGAAGAUCCUCGAUUGAAUUUGGGCUCCAGAUCAACAUCCCCUGAGAUGAGGAACUCUUCUGGAGGGCAAUCUCAGCGAUGAGCCUGUUAAUGUGAACGGUAAUGGACGGGGCGGUUAAAACCAUGCUUAUUCGAUAUCGCAUUAAUGGUACGAAAAUGUUCUUGAUUUUUUUGGGGGAGGGGGGGGGGGGAUCAUGAAAUCGCUAGGAUGAAAUAUGUACCAGGUUUAAUAGCAUGGCUGUUUAAAAUAUGCAUUUACCUUACGGCAUUUGUGACCGCCACUCAGCAAAGAGCCUUCGCCAGUGCAGAGUAGCGACUAUUUGCAAGGGUUUCAUUCUGUUGACAUUUAUUGUGUACAGUUAAGCUAACAGUAUACUGAUAUGAAGAAAUGUGACUUGUGUGCAGGGCAUUCUGGGAUAAUGUUUCUUUCCCCCCUCAACGUCGGUCAAUUGUCAAUUGGCUGGCCUUGUAUUCUGAUGGUCCAGGAUACAGUAUGCUUUCUUUCAGAGUGAAAAGUUUGAACUUUGUGUACACCUGAGUAUGUUUACAGAACAUUCGCAGGGACAAGAAAUGGUUCUAGAUCCCCCCCCCCCCCCCCCCAUGACCUUUCUCCAGACAGAAGGGGGGAGGAGAACUGUUGUUCAAUUUAACAAAAUGGAAACGCAUUGGGUUAUAUCCUCAAUGCAACAUAGAACAUGUAAAUAACCCUCUAAACUAAGCAAAUGGAAAAACUCUUGACAAAGGUACAGUUCUCUUGGAGCUUUUAUUGUCCUUUUAAAGUAAGGAAAGUGCAGCUUCUGCCUUCCUCCACAAGCUGGAGGAACAGGCUGAUUAUGAAAUCUUUUUUUCUAUUGCUGAUUAGAUUUUCAUAUACUAACCUUUUGUAAGAAAUGAAUACAGUGUAAACAAAGAAAAAGUAUAUUUGAUUAUAGGUUUAAUAUACAGUUCAGAUGGAAGUUAUUAAUUAGUUGAGUGUCAUUAACAGAUUAAAAAUAUAUUGCUACUGUAAGCAAAGAAAUUAAUGCGUUCAUUUUUUAAUCAGAGAAAAUUCAUUUCAGAUAAUUUUUAACAAUCAUUUUCUAUAUAUUUUAUUUUUUAUAAGAGAUGAAAUGCACGUAGAUUUUAUACAUAACCAAAGGAACACUAAGAACAGCUUAUCAGAUUUAGGAGCAGCAGGUCGUCUUUCAGUGUAGACGAGUUUCAAAGAAACUGGCUCACAGAAUAUUACACUUAAAUGAAGAAGAUGAGGCGAGGAGGAGGAAAGCUGGUGUUUAGAAGCUUCAGUCUGUUUUUCUUUUAGCCUUCACAGUCUGCCGAAGCCUCGCUGAGGCAGGCAGGAAGUCUCUUCACUUCACGGUUCGGAAACAAGAACACUGGCCUGUCGCUAACGGCCAGGCUAACCUCAGCCACGUAGAAAAGGUGCAGGGCGUGUUACGCCCCCUCUUUGAGUAGAACCCUUCAUUUGGCACUUAUUCACCAGACGGGCGAAAAUCUCCACGUUCUCGUUCGGCUCACGCGUAUGCAGAGAUCUCGGAUCCUUAAGCGCUCGUUUACAAAAACUGAUCCGGUUAAAUUUAGAAAGGAAGCGGUAGAUGCCCAAAAGGAAGUAAAGAGGUGACCUGAUGGCACUUGUGCAUUUUUUUGGGCAAUUCCUCAGAUUUUUCUGGGAGAGAAAGGUAAAAUAGGCCCCGCCCAUCCUACGUGGAGCCCUGACCAGCUACCAUGGCAACCAGAAUAUUUAAAGGUCGUUUAAAAUUGGAGCAUAUUCACAUCUUGCAAAGGUUUCGGUUAAAAAAUAAAAUUAUUUGGAAUGGCAGAUAUCCCCUGAAAUAUGGCAUUCUGGGAAGAGUCCUAGGAUUUGAUAUUGCUGGUUUGUUUUUUUUUAAACAAAAUAAAUAAGUUUCCAGGUUGGAAAACUGCCAGUGAACACUAUCGCAUGUUGCAAGCUGUAUCAGAUCAAGACAUGACAAACUUCUUUUGUUAUCUUUUGUUUUCUUUGUCACUGUACAAUUUUUACAUUGGUAUUAUGGUUUCUCGAGAGGAGGAUGUGUAAGCUUUCCACUCUCUUAAAACAGUUCUUUCCAGCUCUCUCUCAGAUUAUCAAUUAGGAAAUCUCACUCAUAAUUCAGCAGCAACCAGGGUAACACGUAAAACCAAAUCGUAAAGCAUUAUGUUGUUCUCUUGCUAAACCUGUGCUUGAUGUUAUCCCACAUGCAAUUGUACAUGAUAUGUGAAGAAUUGCUGUGUUCUUCUUUGGAGUCAUUUAAACUUCAGGGUUUUGAAAUGAUUUAUUAGCGUCACAAGCAACGUUGAAUGAACUCACAAUGUUUAUACGUAGUGGUUAGAGUGAGAAAGAAAAAAAACCGGUUGUCCCCCAACAUUGUCAUUUAAAAAAGAUUGCAAAUACACUAACCUAAUGCCGAACAGUCUACAAUUUAAUAGAGUAUAUCUGCAAUUAUAUUUCAUAACAUUUCAUACAAAAAUAAGAACUGAUGGCUUUGUAAGAGUGAAUGAUUGUUACGAUGAUUUUAUACCUUGAUGAACCAGACUUGUUUACGUUGUAGCCCAUGUCUUUUGGGCAUUCUUCUCUUCAGGUUCUCUGCUGUGUGUGUAAGUGUGUGUGUGUGGGAGAGGGAGAGUUUGUGAUCCUGUCUGUUUCUCACACAAGUUUGAGAGCGCACGAGUGAGAAGGUGACUGAUUGUGUGAGUGCUUCAGUGUGUGUUUGUGCUACUGCGCGUGCGUGCGUGAUUUCAGGCUCAGUAUGAGAGAGAGAGUGUGUGUGUGUGUGUGCGCGUGCGUGCGCGAGUACCGAAAACCGCUUAAGUGUGACUGUGCCUAAAGAGGCGAGGGACAGCCUGAGUGUUGAGAAGCUAGCGUGACAUGUGACCAUGUGAUGGGUGGCAAUCUAAUUGUUGGAAAGUUCACGGCGAAGAACACUUGGUGCGAGUGACGGGCCAUGCGAGUGUUAGGGGAGAAUCACGCGAGCGACACUGUGGAGUGACAAUCUUUGAGUGUUUGAGAGUCAGUUUGAGAGCGACUGUAAAGUGCGACAAUCCUGUGUUAAACAGUCAGCGUGACGGCUACAAUCUCGAGCGUCAGAUAGCCGGUGCGAGUGUGACAGCACAGCGACAAUCCGCGUGCUCAGUAUUCGGUGUGGGAGUGAGUGUGGAAUAUCCAGUGUUAGAGUGACCGUCUGAGUGCUGAAAGAGUGUGAAGAGAGAACAUGCCCGCUCAGACAGUGUUUGCUGGGCUGCACACCUCAACCCCUCUGCAGGAGGCGAACCCUCCUGCUUCUGCCCUUAAAUCUGCCCUUCUCUACCCAUUCAAUUUACUUCUCUUUGUUUUCUCGUUGUUUUGUGCAUUCGUUUCUUCUCAUUAUUUUCCUAAGUUGAAAUAUAGCAUGUAGUUUUCUUCUUUUUCUAAGAAAUAAUUGGUAAGCAUCCCAUUUGAUAUUACUUUAGUACUUGAGGGUUUAGUUUUUUUGUUUUGUUUUUUUUUGUUCUUUUUUGAUGAGGGGAGGGGUGGGGGGGAGGGGGUCGGGAUUGGUGAAUUGUACAUAGCCAGUACAUGUGUACGUUUUGAUUAAUUCUGAUUUUCUUUCUUUUCCUCUCCUGAUUUCACUUUACAUAUUGUAAAGUUAAUUUGGAGGUGACAGCUCUGAAAGCAGCCCCAGAGAAAGGAAAUAAACUAAAUCUUUAACAAA